ACUUCUGGAAGGAGAGCCCCAGUUCCGACCACGGUUCGUUCUUCCUCCUCCAAGAUGGAGGCGUUAGGAGGUUAUCCUACGAGGUCCUCCAACCCAAAAGCAAAAAAAAUAACCGUGCUGUUGAGCAUGACGAUGGGUGUGGGGUGUUUGUUCCUUCUGCAGACCCAGCUGGUGAAACCCAGAAAACCGAAGGAUUUUUAUUCUUUCGAGGUGAAGGACGCGAAGGGGAGGACGGUUUCUCUGGAGAAGUACCGAGGAAAAGCGUCCUUAGUUGUAAACGUGGCGAGUCACUGCCAGCAGACGGAGGCGAACUACAAGUCUCUACAGGAGCUCCACCGGGAGCUGGGCACUUCUCACUUCAACGUCCUGGCCUUCCCCUGCGGACAGUUCGGGGACACGGAGACCGGAACCAGCUGGGACAUCGAAGCUUUCGCCAAGUCCACCUACGGGGUUACCUUCCCUUUCUUCAGCAAGAUCAAAAUAAUGGGAUCAGAGGCUGAGCCUGCUUUCAAAUUCCUCACAGAUUCUGUGCAGAAACUUCCAAAGUGGAACUUCUGGAAGUUUCUGGUGAAUCCAGAAGGGAAAGUGGUCAGAUUCUGGCGGACAGACGAGCCCAUUGAAAGCAUCAGAGAAGAGGUCACAAUGAUGGUGCGGGAAAUCAUCCUCAAGAAACGAGUGGAGCUAUAAUGCCCCUUAGUGAUGGAUACUGGACAUAGCAGGGCUUUGUGUCUGCGCUUCCUGUGCUCAGACAGCCGGGAGGGACUGAACUGUUGACAGUGAGUGUUGCUGGGAGGGUUGUUGCUCCAGAAAGAUGCAGGAUGGAAAUAUCAGGCAUGCAAAGGCAAUCAGUCAUGCAAUGCGUGUCAGAGUGUUUGUGUUUGUUUGUGUGUGCGCGCGUGUGUGUGGGGUGUCAUUACUGCUGUUGCUGCAGUGGUUGUGUUGCUUUUCAGAUGUUGGCAUUUUAAAAUGUUCAGCUUGCCUUCUUGUCAUCUCUUUCCAGUGUUUACAUUAAAAUUUUUGGGUUUUUUUUUAAGAUGAAGCAAAGUAAUUGAGCCUAUUUUGACUGAUUUGAGCCCAGUAAACUAUGCAACAUCUAUCCAGCAAUAAAAUACACUAAUAACUAUUUGAUGUAACUAAUGAUGUGAGGAUUUUUCCAUUUAGGUUUCUUCUAGAUUUGUUGUGAAUAUUAAUCACCUUUUUUAACCGAAUAACUGUAAUCCCAUUAGAGGUGUUAAAGUACUGAUGUUAAGGCCAUAUAUGAUGCUGAUACUCUGCAUGUUGUAGCUGAUCUUUUUUUGUUUGUUUGUUUUCUUUGCCAUAGCAUGUUGCUGAGUCUGAAUAUUUAAUAUCGUGAACAGCUACAAGGAAAUUAACAUAAAAUAGACACAGACUCUGAAUUGUAUCUAGUGAAGAGUGACUGCAGACAUCACUGCUGCUGUGGGUUAAAUGGACAGUUGGAGGGCAGCAGCAGGUAAGCUGGCACAUGAAGAAUCAACCAGCUAACAAGACACUGCCUUCCAGCCGCCCACAAUUCAACAACUUCACUUUUGUCUAAAUUUUAAACUGUUUUUAUUUUCAGUGAUACCAGAAGCCAAAAAAAAAAAAA